CUCCGCUGCCUUAACCUAACCGCCCACUGCUCAAAGUGAGGUCAUUCCCUUCUCUUCACUGUCCCUCCCCGUGGGUUAUUAAGAUCUGCGACUAAGACUCGAACCCGGUUCCUACAACACAUAAUGCCUGUCCUUAUGCCCCAGACCCCUCACAAGGACGACUUGGAUGAAACAUGGACGUUCCUCGAGAAGGGGAUCGACAGUGUGAUGCUGAAGCUGGAGGAUGGGGUGGAUAUGCAAACUUACAUGGCCCUCUACACGGCGGUCCACAACUUCUGCACGUCGCAAAAAGCCAUCGGUACCAGUCAACCCACAAAAACGCACCAUGGCGCCCACCUGCUAGGUGAGGAACUGUACAAGCUACUUGGGGAGUAUCUCUCUCGUCACCUCGAGUCUGUGUACUGUGAAUCGGAGGGCCAUGCCGAAGAGGCUCUGCUUGCGUUCUACAUCCGUGAAUGGCAGCGCUACACCACCGCUGCCAAGUACGUCAACCACCUCUUCCGGUACCUGAACCGCCACUGGGUCAAGCGGGAGAUCGACGAAGGCAAGAAGCAUGUGUACGACGUGUACACUUUGCACCUGGUCAAGUGGAAGGAUGACUUCUUCCUGAAGGUUCACAAGAAGGUCAUGGAUGCAGUGCUGAACUUGGUGGAGAAACAGCGGAACGGUGAGACCAUCGAACAAUCCCAGAUCAAGAGCAUUGUCGAUUCCUUCGUCUCCCUCGGCCUGGACGAGAGCGACAGCACCAAGUCAACACUCGAGGUUUACCGGUUCUACUUCGAGAAGCCCUUUAUCGCUGCCACCAGAGUCUACUACGAAACCGAGUCGCGUCAAUUUGUCGCCGAAAACAGUGUGGUUGAGUAUAUGAAGAAGGCAGAGGCCCGCCUCGAUGAAGAAAAGGCCCGCGUGGGUUUGUAUCUGCAUCCUGAUAUCUCAAAGCACCUGACCGAAACAUGCUUGGAUGUUCUUGUGACGGCCCACUCAGAACUACUGCGGGACGAGUUCCAGGUCUUGCUGGACAAUGAACGUCAAGAAGACCUGGCUCGCAUGUACAGCCUCUUGUCCCGCAUCAAAGAAGGUCUUGACCCCCUGCGUACGAAGUUCGAGGCCCACGUCAGGAAGGCAGGCCUGGCUGCCGUGGAGAAGGUUGCUGCGGACGGCGACUCUUUUGAGCCCAAGCUGUACGUGGAUGCUCUGUUGCAAGUGCACACCAGAUACCAGAGCUUGGUGAGUGAGGCGUUCAAUGGCGAAUCGGAAUUCGUUCGAUCCCUGGAUAAUGCGUGCCGCGAGUUCGUCAACCGUAACAGGAUUUGCAAGUCCGGCUCAACGAAAACGCCGGAACUGCUGGCCCGAUACACCGAUUCUCUACUGAAGAAGGGAUCUAAGGCUGCGGAGGAGUCGGAACUGGAAGAGAUGUUGGUGCAGAUCAUGACCGUUUUUAAGUACAUUGAAGACAAGGAUGUGUUCCAGAAAUUCUACUCCAAGAUGCUUGCUAAGCGAUUGGUCCAUGUCAGCUCGGUGUCUGACGAUGCGGAGACCAGUAUGAUUAGCAAGCUCAAGGAGGCCUGUGGAUUCGAGUACACCAACAAACUGCAGCGCAUGUUCCAGGAUAUCCAGAUUUCGAAGGACCUUAACGGCAGCUACCGCGAUUGGCAGGAGAAGGUCCUUGAUGAUGACGACCGGAAGAAGCUGGUGGAUUCGCAUUUCCAGAUCCUGGGUACUGGGUUCUGGCCUCUGAGUGCCCCCUCGACCGAUUUCCUUGCGCCACCCGAGAUCGUCAAAACCUCGGAGCGGUUCCAGAGUUUCUACUUUGACAAGCACAACGGUCGGAAGUUGACAUGGCUCUGGCAGCUAUGCAAGGGUGAAAUCAAGGCCAACUAUAUCAAGAACACAAAGGUCCCGUACACUUUCCAAGUGUCGACAUUCCAGAUGGGGAUUCUCCUGCUUUUCAAUGAACACGACUCCCUGUCGUAUGAAGACAUCCAGAAGGCCACUUCUCUCGCCCCCGAAAUCCUUGACCCAAAUCUCAGCAUCUUCUUGAAGGCGAAGGUUCUCCUCAUCAACCCCGAUGGGUCCAAGCCAGAGCCAGGCACCUCCUUCUCGUUGAACUACAACUUCAAGAACAAGAAGAUCAAGGUCAACCUCAACAUCCAGAUCAAGUCCGAGCAGAAGGUGGAGUCGGAUGAUACGCAUAAGACAAUCGAGGAGGACCGCAAGCUGCUGCUCCAGUCCGCCAUCGUGCGCAUCAUGAAGUCCCGGAAGAAGAUGAAGCAUGUGCAGCUCGUCCAGGAGGUGAUCCAACAGGUCAAGUCCCGGUUUCCUCCCAAGGUGCCCGACAUCAAGAAGAACAUCGAAGCUCUGAUGGAGAAGGAUUACAUAGAGCGCCUGGAUGGAGACGAAAUCGCCUACAUUGCUUGAACUCUACACAGCAACAGUCUUCUUUGCUCUCCUCGCUCUGGUUUCCUCCCCCCAUUUCCUACCUACCUAAAUGUCAUGUUAGCGCGUUCUCCUCUAGCUACCCUU